CCGAGCCCCAGGGGAGAUACUUUGGUAUACGCUAUAAAGGGAGAGGCAGUCACGUUAUCUAAAAUCUCCCACAGCCUGAGCCUCAACAAUGGAGGGAAGCUUGCUUCUCAGUCUCGGCUGCUCCUCUUGUUCUCCCCAUUUAAAACCUCAUUUCUCUUUCUCCUCCUCUUCUUCCUUGCUCUUCGGAAAAUCCCACCUUCUGGGUUUAAUCCCCAGACCCUUACUCGCCCACAGCACCCUAUCACUCCCCUCCCCUCGAACCGCCCUCCGUACUUCGUCCUUCCCUCUCGACCAAGCUCUCGAAAAGCCCAGCAAUGGCUCAGCAGAUACGUUGCCCAAGAUUGAUAAGAGUGGCAGAUUUUGCAGCCCCAGAGCCGCCAGAGAGCUCGCUCUGUCGAUUGUUUAUGCUUCUUGUUUAGAGGGUUCUGACCCAAUACGUUUAUUUGAAAAGCGAAUAAAUGUCCGUCGAGAACCCGGGUAUGAAUUUGACAGGGCAUCAUUACUUGAAUAUAAUCCCAUGAGCUUCGGAGGACCCCCUGUCACAGUUGAAACCGUUGAGGAAGCAGAUGAGCUCCUGCGCAAAGAUGAAAAGGAAUCUGCAAUUGAAGCAGAAGUUCUUGCAGCUCCUCCAAAAUUGGUAUACAGCAAACUGAUUUUACGAUUUACAAGGAAACUUUUGGUUGCAGUCAUGGAUAAAUGGGACAGUCAUGUGCUCGUUAUUGACAACGUUGCCCCUCCAAAUUGGAAGGAUGAGCCAGCAGGCAGAAUAUUGGAGCUUUGCAUCCUCCAUUUGGCAAUGUCAGAAAUAACAGUGCUCGAAACAAGACACCCGAUUGUCAUUAACGAGGCCGUAGAUCUUGCUAAACGGUUCUGUGAUGGAUCAGCACCCCGUAUUAUCAAUGGUUGUCUUAGAACAUUUGUCAAACAAAUUGAAGAAGCUGGUGGUCUAACUCGGGCUUUGCGGUAUAAACAGAAUGUGGUCACUUGAUGAAUGAACUUGUCUAGUUUGCACGUUUUCGGACGGUUGUUGGUAGGCUGAAGAAGAGUGUCAGUUUAGGAGUAAUGCAUUAGUUCGUAGGUGGUGGAAACAUUGAAGGGGAACGGAGGCCAUCGAGAGUGGCGGGCAAACCAAUGUUUUAUAAAUGAUGUACCUGAAAAUGUAAGAAUUAUUCAUAUUAAGUAUAUGAUAAAUGUUGUAAUAUUCGUAUUCA